AUGAAUCAUUCAAAUUCCUCAUCUCAUUUUCUCAUCAAUUGUGCUUCGUCUCGCAAUGAUCGUAUCGAGUAUACUAACCUUCAGUCAUUAAGAAUUAUCCCAGACAACAGCAAAUUGUCUUCAGUUAGCACCACCUCACAAAGAGACGCAUCUCACAAUGUCCCUGCCUUGCCUGAUACCUUGAGAGAGCAACAGGGUCCCCUUAGCAUAGCGUCUGAGGUGAAUGGACGCCACCCUUUGGAAGCACGCCUCCAGAACUGGGAGGAUGCACAACAGACCACUAAGUUGGAGAUGUACCGCCGUGUUUUCGGUGCUGCUGAACCUAUCCGUCGUACCAUGGAGUUGGGAAUCGUAGAUGCCACGGACUUCUGCCCCGAGGUGAUGGGUGGCCCAGACAGCAUGCAUAGAGAUAUUCUUUUGAACAGAGAAGCAACUGUUGAUUGGGAGGACAUCUACCGUGGUGGCUUUGAGAGCGGCCGCGGUGGUACCGACUUCCACACCGAGAUGGAGAAGAAACUUGGCAUUUAG